AUGACAGGAGAAGACUAUCCCUCGGACGAUGACAAGAGUUUCGUAUCGGCAAAGUCGUCGCACGAUCUGAAGACGGAGACGCGCUUCUCACCAGAAGAAGAAGCUGUAAAUUGCAACCACUGCUGCUACUUUAUCUGUCUUGUGCUGACCAGCAAANNGUCGUUGUUAGCAGAGUCGAACAAGCUCAAAACAGAAGCCAAUUCACUGUUCGCUCACGGCUCGUUCGAAGAAGCUGUCCAGACAUACGACCGUGCUCUCUCGUCCUGUCCAAACUAUCUCGAAUAUGAAGUCGCCGUUUUACACUCCAACAUCGCCGCAUGCCAUAUCAAGUCGGAACAGUGGAAAGAAGCAAUAGACAGUGCCACCAAGAGUAUAGAUGCACUGGAGCGAAUUGACCCUCUACCGAAACCAAAGGAUCCUCAAGACGCUGCCAAAGCCAAACUACAAUCUCAGUCCGCCGUGGAGGAGGUCGAUGAUGAGACAGCCGAGAAGAUUGAAGCUCUAGAAAGAAGUGGAAGAACACGAGAUGAUGUACAAAAGAUUCGCGUCAAGGCAUUCCUGAGACGCGCCAAAGCACGGUCCGAGACAGGAGGAUGGGCUGCUCUGCAAGGUGCUUACGAAGGUGAGAAUCUGUAUCUUUGUGCCUGA